UCAUGUGACCGGAGGAGGGCCAAUAUUGCAUCAAAGGAAGAAACUGAGUCUCUGAGGUUUAUAACUCUAAUUUUCCUUGUGUGAGACUGGGAGAGAGUUUUCAUGCGAGGUGAGGUAAUUUGAAGACAAGGAUGCUUCUGAAUCGCAUUGGAAAGCUGUCUCAGCCCUCAAGUGUCCUUUUUCUAUGUGAUCUACAAGAAAAAUUUCGCCACAAUAUAGCCUUCUUCCCACAGAUUGUAUCUGUGGCUGCACGGAUGCUGCAGGCUGCCAAGAUUUUGGAAGUACCAAUCAUUAUAACAGAACAGUAUCCCAAAGGACUUGGCCCCACUGUGCCAGAACUGGGAGCGGAUGGAUUGAUUAAAUACUCGAAGACAUGCUUUAGCAUGUUGACUUCUGACGUUCAAGAUAAACUUCAGUCAAUUGGUGAACGGCAAUCUGUUAUAUUAUGUGGAAUUGAGACACAAGCAUGCAUCAUGAGUACCACACUGGACCUUUUGGAUAAGGGUUUUGAUGUCCACAUUGUUGCGGAUGCAUGCUCUUCUCGAAGCCAGAUAGAUCGCUUUGUAGCCCUUUCCCGAAUGAAGCAAAGUGGAGCAUUUCUAACUACCAGUGAACUAGUGAUCCUACAGUUGCUUCAGGAUGCUGCUCAUCCAAGAUUUAAAGAGGUCCAAAAUAUCAUAAAGGAACCAGCACCUGACAGUGGCCUAUUGCCUCUUUUCCAUGGGCAAAACCCCUUAUUCUCUUGAUAUUCUGUGUAUAUUCAUGCUGCCAGCUCAAUCAGAUUUCAAAUACAACAUGUGCAUUUAAUAUAUUAAUUUAAAUAAAAUUAAGUUUAAUCUCUUAAAUAAUAAA